AUGUAUAAAUUGUUUGCAAUAAGAAGAAAUAAGAAAUUUUUAUAUAACGAAAAAAAUGUUUUUCAUAAUAAGUGGAUACAUAAUAUUCAUAAGAGAGUGGAAUUAGAAGGAAAUGAAAGAAGAUAUAGUUCAAUAUGUGUAAACUCAUUGAAUAAAAAUGUUAAAAAUAUUAAUAAAAUUGUUAUAUGUAAUGAUAAUAGUUAUAAAUUUUCUUUAAAUUACUUUUUAAAAUUAAUUCUUAAAUGGAAGAAAAGAAAUAAUUUUCAUUUUGAAAAUAAGUUUAUGAAGUACAUAAAAAUGAAUCAUACAAAUGUUAAUAAAGAUGAAAAAAUUGAUUAUAAAAAUAUAAAAAAGAAUUUUGUAAAUUAUGAAAAUAUAAAAUUUUUUUUAAAUAAUUAUUUUCUUCCAAAUAGUUUAAAUGAUAAAGUGAAGGGAUAUUUUCCAAGUGGGAAUAAAUUAAAUAACAAAUAUAUUUCUUUUUUUAAUAAGUUUUUAGAUAAAAGUAAAGAGGAUAUAGAAGAAAUACUUAAUUUUUUAAAAGAAAGUAAAUUAAAAAAAAAAAACAUUUCUUUUUUUGGAAAUAUUUUGUAUAACAAUAAAAUUGAUAAAAUAAAUUUAUUUGAAUUUUUGAAAAUAUAUUUUACUAAAGUACCUAAAGGAUUUGAAAGAUUUGAAGACAAAAAAUCAUCUCCUAAUUCAUAUAAGCCUGAGGAUGAGAAAAAUAAAAAAUUUGAUAAUUAUUUUUUUUAUAUAUUUUUUUUGUUGUUAUUGUUCUUUUUGUUAUUUGUUGAUUCGAAUAGCCUUUAUAAUGAAAUAACUCAAAAUGAUUUUUUUUAUAAUUAUUUGUCUAAAGGAUAUGUAGAAAAAAUUAAGUUAAUAAAUAAGGAUUAUGUGAAAGCAUACUUAAAUACAUAUGGAAUAAAAAAAUAUCAUUUAAAAUAUGUAUGUUUUCGAAUUGGCAAUAGUGAUAGUUUUGAGAGAAAGGUAGAAGAAAUUCAAAAAGAAAUGAAUAUAAAUAGGGAUGAAAUAAUAGAAGUACAAUACAUGAAUGAAACGAACAUAUUAAAUGAAAUAAAAGGUUAUAUUCCUAGUAUAUUAUUUUUUUUAUUAUUAAUUUUUUUAUUUCAAAAAAUUACCUUAAAAAAUGUAACAAAUAGUGGUAUGGAUAAAUUAUUUAAGUUUAGUAAAAUAUCUCCUAUCAAUAAAAAUAAUUUUAAAACAGAUGUAAAAUUUUCUAAUGUAGCUGGAAUGAAACAAGCAAAAGAAGAGAUAAUGGAAUUUGUAGAUUUUUUAAAAAAUCCUUCAAAAUAUGAAAUCUUAGGAGCAAAAAUUCCAAAAGGAGCAUUAUUAUGUGGUGCUCCGGGUACAGGAAAAACUUUAUUAGCAAAAGCAGUAGCAGGAGAAGCUAAUGUUCCUUUUUUUAAUAUUAGUGGUAGUGAUUUUAUUGAAGUUUUUGUUGGUAUAGGUCCAUCUAGGGUUAGAGAAUUAUUCGCUCAAGCGAGAAAACAUGCUCCUUCAAUUAUUUUUAUUGAUGAAAUUGAUGCUGUUGGAAGAAAAAGAUCAAAAGGUGGAUUUGCAGGAGGUGGAAAUGAUGAAAGGGAAAAUACACUUAAUCAGAUGUUAGUUGAAAUGGAUGGGUUUCAUACAUCUAAUGAUAAAGUGGUUGUUUUAGCUGGUACCAAUAGAGUGGAUAUAUUAGAUCCUGCCAUUACUAGACCUGGAAGAUUUGAUAGAAUUGUUAAUAUAAGUAAACCAGAUAUUAAUGAAAGAUCAGAAAUAUUUCAAGUUCACUUAAAAAAUUUAAAAUUACAUGAAACUUUAGAUAUUAAAAAUAUUAGCUAUAUUUUAGCUUCCUUAACCCCAGGUUUUGUGGGAGCAGAUAUUGCAAAUGUUGUUAAUGAGGGAGCUAUUCAGUGCGCUAGGAGAUCUAAUUUAUUAGGAGUUCAAAUAAAAGAUUUUGAAUUAGCCAUUGAAAGAGUUAUAGGUGGAUUACCAAAAUCUUCUUCUCUUAUAUCACCUCUCGAAAAAAAAAUUAUUUCAUAUCAUGAAACAGGUCAUGCACUUAUUGGGUGGUUUUUAGAAUUUGCAGAUCCAGUUUUAAAAGUUUCUAUUAUACCAAGAAACAAUGGUGCUCUUGGUUAUUCACAACACUUAAGUGAAGAAAUUAUGUUGUUUUCAAGAGAAGCUAUAUUAGAUAAAAUUGCGGUAAUAUUAGGUGGAAGAGCAGCUGAAGAGUUAUUUAUUGGAAAAAUUACUACUGGUGCUAUUGAUGAUUUAAAUAAAGUUACUCAACUUUCUUACUCGUUUGUUUCUCAGUAUGGUAUGAAUAAAGAAAUAGGACUAGUUUCUUUUCAACCUAAUUCUAAUAGUGAAUAUAAUCUAUAUAGACCACAUUCUGAAUGUUUAGCUCACUUAAUUGAUAAUGAAGUCCGUAAUCUUAUAGAAACUCAGUAUAAAAGAGUUAAAUCAAUUUUAUUAAAAAAUGAACAACAUGUUCAUAAUUUAGCUAAUUUAUUAUAUCAAAAAGAAACAAUAUCUUAUCAUGAUAUUGUUAAAUGUGUUGGUGAAAGACCUCAUCCAAUUAAAUCAAACUACGAAAAGUUUGUUAAAGCAAAUCCAUACAAAUUAAUACCAAACGAAACUGAAACAAAUGUAAUUAAUAAAAAUGAGAUUAAUAAAGAUGAAAUAAUGAGUGAAAAUGACUCAGAAAACAAAGAAAAGAUAAGUAACGAGAAUGACAAAUGCAAUAAUAAUGAAACAAAAAGAAAAAACGAUGUAAAUAAUAAUUGUGAUACAAGUGAAGUAGAAAUAAAAAAUGAAAUAACCAACCCAUAUGAAUUAAAUGAAGAAAAUAAUGAUCAAGAUAAAAAUGAUAAGCAGAUGGAUAUUAAUAAAAAAGUAAAUAAAAAUAAAAAAGAUAAUAAAAUAUCUAAUUUAAAUAUAAGGUAA